GCCACCGAAAUUGUCACCAGAAUUAUCCGGACGUCUGAAUUGGAUGACAGCAAAAAGUAUCGCAAAAGCAAAACCGUUUUCGAGCAGGAAUUGCAGGCCGGGAGGGACGCCAGCGGUGGCGGCGGGUGUACCAUAUCGUCCAGCAUAGCCUUCGACAAUCCCAGCCCUCAGAGUCGCGGCGUUAUCAUCAAAGAGAUCAACGAAGACGGAACUUCUAAGGAUGGCUCGACCGACACGUUGGACACUAAGUCCGGUGAGAUAAUGACUGAAACCAAUUUCCAACGCUUCAAAUCACCGCAACGUGGAGUGAACGGCGCCGACGAGACCUCUUGGAAGUACUCAAUGGAAUGCAAUUAUCUGAACGGCACCAACACUACUGUCCGAACAACCAUUGACUACAAGAGGAUUACAUAUCCUUUAACAUCAUAUGAGACCAGUUUAUGAUUAAUGCUUUACUUAAUAAUCCCUAUCCUUAUAAUAAUUGCCAUUUGGGU